AUGAUGGAUUGGUCGGAACGAUCCAUUUCGUCGUCCCGCCGACGACGCGUGAUGGAUGCGUCCGAAAAAUCCGUUUCAUCCUCGGCACGUCGAACUAACACGACAAAUAAAAUGACGGAUGCCUCGGAAAAAUCGCUGUCGUCGUCGAGCCGAAAAAGUCGAUUUCCCGUCAAUUCACCGCGGUCACCCCGCAAACGAAGAUCCUCGAAUCGGAGUAUUGGUGCGGCCAACUUGCCCAUUCUGGAAACUACAAAAGGCGGCGAGAACAUUAAGAAGCCGGUCAAGCCUACCCGAUCCAGAACGUCCACCGACCUUGCCAAACAGCAGCAAUCACCCGUACAACCACCCCUUCGUCGAUCUUCUACCAAUCCCGAGGAAAACAGUACUGCAAUACCAGAUACCAAGGCAUCGACUGAUUCAUUGCCGCCGUUGACAGCGGCACCGCCGCCGACUACAACAAUACGCAAUGCCACAAACGGGACGCCUGAGCGUUUCCCCAAUGUACAGGGAGCAUCGACGGCUGCCGAACCCAAAUCAUCUGGAGCGGAGCAAGCUUCGCCGACAGCAACAAUGGCUCGGGUUACUACAGGGAAGAUGCCGUCCACAACUGCGAGAGCGAACCCUGCAGCCACGCCAAAACCAUCAACCGACCAGGCCCCCAAAGCUCCCAAACGUGUUUCUUCGGCUGCAACAGAAGGCAACAAAGUGCCUGCUCCGUCAGCCCCCGCAGCCACGCCAAAACCAACGGCAAGCACAGCAGUGCCAGCCCCGAAGGCGGUCUCUCCGAAUGCGUCUCCUCCUGCGACAUCGUCGUCUCUGGCCACAGCACCAAAAUCCAACAAAGUGUCUGCGUCUGCGGCAGGUGUGGCCCCGACGAAGCCUGCGUUGUCGGCGCACCACACCAGAGUCGUCUCAGCCGCAGUUGCGACCACAGCAGUCAGGCAACCAAACAGCCAAGGAGCCAAAAAUCACAACCGCGCCUCGGCGUCUACCAACGAAAUCCCGAUAUUGCAAACACCCGCCGCCAGAAUCGCCCGUCUCAUCGGCGCCGAAACCCACCGAAUUCGGGCUGCCUCCCUGGCCAACGAGCCAACGCUAGCACACAUCCCAACGCACCCGCAUCUCCACUGCGCUAAGCACACCAAAACAGCCGCGCCAAC